AAUUCGACCCCUUUAUUUUAUUCAUUAUUAUCACUUCCGUUUUCCCCAUCCCGUUCCACUCUCAGUGUUACUUUAUACGUACACGUACACAUACACAUACAUAAGAAAACCGUAAAAAAAAAAAAAAAACAAUGUCCGCGCAAAAUCCUCAGCGCCAGCGCGAUCGCCCGCAGGGCUCUCAAAUCCAAGUUCAGACGGAAGCGCCCACCGGCUCCGGAACCCAGACCGGCACCCAGACCCCCGAGCCCGCAGCCCCCGCCAUCCUGCGUCUGCGCGGCGCGUAUCCGGCCUCCGAUCACCGCGUCCAGUGGGCCGAGUCCGUAGUAGAUAACGAGGGGCUCGGACGGAAACGAUCAAAAGUAUGCUGCAUAUAUCACCCGCCAAGCCAAGUGGGCGAAUCCUCCGACGAGUCCUCGUCAGACGACGACUCUUCCUCGUCGUCGGAUUCGGACUCGGAUGGCGGUGUAUCGGACGACCCUCGAGAAAGGGCGUUAGCAGCGCGGCGACGCCAACAGCACAAUCGCAAGCAUAACCACGACCAUGAUCACGACCACGACCACGACCACAGCCGCAGAAAUGGAGGCGGGGGACCCCAGCGCAGGCGCAGGCCGAGUCCUAACGCUUACGAGCGCCAACCCAAACCUAAGCCCAGACCUAACCCGGGUGGCGACGGGCAGAAUCCAGGUGGACGGGGAAAUCCCGGUGCUGGGGGCGGGACCCGAUGAGCGGAGGAUUCCAACUUUACAUACCUAGGAACCAGCUCUCUCUCUCGCUCACUCAAGACGGUGGCUGGCUACCUAAGGUAAUACUUAGGCCGCUCGCGUAUUACUUAUGCACCUACCUACUUA